UAAUGAAAUUUGCUAGGCAGUUAAAAGAUACAUACAUCAACUACUAAGUUGUGUGUGUGUUGUGUGUGUACCAAGUGCAGUUUGGUGGUUGAUCUCAGGCCAUUCUCUUAGGAUACUCAUAUUGUGGUUCUAUCAUCUGUAGACCUCUGGACAGUAGCAUAUAUUUUACUUCCACCCACAAACCAAAUUUCAGCUGCUUAACAUCCAUUAAAAUAGGGAAGGAUGAAUAUGUGGAGCACAGAGGAUUUUUAGGACAAUGAAACUACUCUGUAUGAUACUAUAAUGGUAGGUACACAUCAUUAUAAAUUUGUCCAAACUCAUAGAAUGUACAACAAGAGUGAACCCUAAUGUAAAGUAUGAUACUGGGAGACAAUGAUGUGUCAGUGUAGGUUCAUCAGUUGUAACAAAUAUACCGCUCUGUGGGCGAUGAUGAUGGAGGAAGCUGUGCGUGUGUGGGGGCAGGGGAAAUAUGGUCAAUCUCUGUACUUUCCGCUUUAUUUCACUGUGAAUCUAAAACGACUCUGAAAAAUGAAGUCUAUUAAGACAAUCCAUUGAAAGACCACAGCAGCUGUAUGUAUUUCAAAGGGAAUCUUCUGCCAUUUUGUCUGAAGGUGGCAGAUUGUACACUGCACAACAACGUGAGUUUCCAUGACACUUUGCCCUGCGUGGAGGCUGUCCCUCUGCCUGGCCUGCAAAGCCCUCAGAGAACUGGUCUCUCCCCCGCUCUGCUCUUCUCUACUCCUCCAUCAAAAUGCUUCAGCAAUACUUGCCUUUCCAUUCUUAAAACCUACCUGGCUCAUUCCUGCCUCAGGCCCUUUGAACCAGCUGCUCCCUAUGACUGGAUGGAGUGCUGCCCUGCCAUCACUAUUAAGUCUUAAGUCAUCCCCUCAGAGAGACUCCCUGACCUCUUGCUCUAAAUCAGCCACACCAGCCUUGCCCUGAUUCCGACUGACUGCUCUGAGUGGCGUCUGUCAGUCUCCUUGUUUAUCUGCGUGUUUGUUCCCAUGUUAGAAUGAGCAUCACGGGGGAAAGGAAUCUGCCUCCUGCACCGCUCCACCUCUGAACAGCGCCUGCCAGGUGUUAAAGCGAUCAUCCUCUUCCCCAUCUGACUCUUCGCAGAAAGGAGCUGCCACGAGACUGGGGUGUUGACUGUGCAAGGCCCAAGGUGGGGUCCGCUGUGCCGCCGUCUGCAGACAGUAGGGUGGUGCUUCCUGGUGUACAGCUGAGGCGUCCUCUGUGCCCGCUGACGGUUCGCUGCCUGCCGGCCGUCCUGCGGCUGCUCUGCUGCCUCCUCUUUUCCAGUGAAGACAUUUUGUAAAUGCCUGAGCACCGAACGUUUCUGUUUUAUCUUCAGGAGAGUCUUAGAGUUCAAGCUGUUCCAGGUGGGAUAGUAACAUCUUUUGGGGAAAGAGAAUUGGCUUGCUUUCCUGAAAGUGGCGAAUGUACAGCAGAGCUGCAUAGGAGGAACAGUAACCAGAUGGCCACCUUCUCCGUGUGUGCUCGGAAACAGAAUCGGCUGUAAGAGUCCAUGUUGAUCUUGGAAAUUGAAGGAUUAAAAAAAGUUAAGUUUCCACAAAGAACAAGAACUUUUCCAUCUCCCUUUUGAUCUGAAGACCGAGGACAAUGGAUAUCAUAGAGACAGCAAAACUUGAAGAACACAUGGAAAAUCAAACCAGCGAUCCUGCAAACACUUACACGAGACCUGCCGAACCUGUUGAAGAAGAAAACAAAAAUGGCAACAGUAAACCUAAGAGCUUAUCCAAUGGAUUGCGAAAGGGCACCAAAAAGUACCCAGACUACAUCCAAAUUGCUAUGCCCAAUGACUCGAGGAACAAAUUUCCCCUCGAGUGGUGGAAAACGGGCAUUGCCUUCGUGUACGCACUUUUCAACCUCGUCCUGACAACCGUCAUGAUCACAGUUGUACACGAGAGGGUCCCUCCCAAGGAGCUCAGCCCUCCACUCCCAGACAAGUUUUUUGAUUACAUUGAUCGGGUGAAAUGGGCAUUUUCUGUAUCAGAAAUAAAUGGAAUUAUAUUAGUUGGAUUAUGGAUUACCCAGUGGCUGUUUCUGAGAUACAAGUCAAUAGUGGGGCGCAGAUUCUUUUUUAUCAUUGGGACUUUAUACCUGUAUCGCUGUAUCACCAUGUAUGUCACCACUCUACCUGUGCCCGGAAUGCAUUUCCAGUGUGCUCCAAAGCUCAACGGCGACUCCCAGGCAAAAGUGCAGCGGAUCCUACGGUUGAUUUCCGGUGGCGGACUGUCCAUAACCGGAUCGCAUAUCUUGUGCGGGGACUUCCUCUUCAGUGGUCACACAGUUGUGCUGACACUUACGUAUUUGUUCAUCAAAGAAUAUUCGCCUCGUCACUUCUGGUGGUACCAUUUAAUCUGCUGGCUGCUGAGUGCCGCCGGGAUCAUCUGCAUUCUUGUAGCACACGAACACUAUACUGUCGAUGUGAUCGUUGCUUACUAUAUCACAACACGGCUGUUCUGGUGGUACCAUUCAAUGGCCAAUGAAAAGAACUUGAAGGUCUCUUCGCAGACUAACUUCUUGUCUCGAGCGUGGUGGUUCCCCAUCUUCUAUUUUUUUGAGAAAAAUGUACAAGGCUCAAUUCCUUGCUGCUUUUCCUGGCCGCUCUCCUGGCCUCCUGGCUGCUUUAAAUCUUCGUGCAAAAAGUACUCACGGGUCCAGAAGAUCGGUGAGGAUAAUGAGAAAUCUACCUGAAGAGCAAAACAGAGGCACCAGCUCUGAUACCAAAAGCGUUUACGCUGUAACCAAAGGUAUAGUUUUGUCUUUUUAUUUUAGGAGAACUUGACUGGUAAAUGAAGCAGUGGACCAAAUUUUGUGCAAACGAUUAGCAAGAUGAACGAAGUAUUACCCUUUGACUGGUUUUUGUUCAUCCUGAGAAAGAUGCAUUUUCCUGCAGCUCUUCCUCCGUUGGUGAUGAGGCCACCCUGGGAUUUGACUCAUGAGCUUGUUCAAGACGUGCCAAAAGACAUGCUGCUCCUCGCCCCGCUCUUUCCCCACCAAAGCCCGCAACAGAAUUUUUUCAGGAUUUUUUUCCCUCCAAGGUCAGAAGAAUUUGUUAACGUUUUAAAUAAAAUAUGUGGAUAUAUA